AUGGUUCUCAUUGGAGCGGCAAUUAUAACAAGGACAGGAAAACCGCUUUUGGCAAGGGUUUUCAUCUCGGACAUGACAAAAGCUCGGUUAGAAGGAUUGCUAGAUGCUUUUCCUAAGCUAAUCGCUUCUGACAAGUCACAGCGUCAGCAUACUUUCAUUGAAACAGAUAGUGUGCGUUAUGUUUUCCAUCCACUGGACAGUGUAUAUGUUGUCCUGAUCACCACCAAAGCAUCAAAUAUUCUAGAAGAUUUAGAAACUCUUCGACUGUUUUCAAGAGUGAUUCCGGAAUACUGCCGCUCGAAUGAUGAAAAAGAAAUGCAAGCAAAUUUAUUCGAUCUCAUAUUUGCUUUUGAUGAAAUUGUUGCUCUUGGAUAUCGUGAAAAUGUCAACUUGGCACAGAUACGUACAUUUACGGAAAUGGAUUCUCAUGAGGAACGAGUUUUCAAUCAGAUAAAGAUCGCUCAAGAGCGAGCUGCUAAUGAACUGAUGACGCAAAAAGCCAUGGAAUUGAAGAAAUUGAAGGCAGAACAGCGAAAAUCUGGAAGAGGUCUAGAAAGCAGCGCAACAGCUAUUAGCUCGUCAUCGGUACCUUUAACGGCAGUUAUCGAUGAUACAUCUGUGCGGCUAGCUGUAAAACCAAAAGCACCAGCAACUACACGUGGAAGCGGAAAAGCGUUGAAACUUGGCUCUAAAAAUACUGAUGAUGACCAAUUUUUAAAACAGCUAAGAAAAGAAGGACAAGUAGUUGAUACGCCUUUACGUGCAUCAGACAUUGCUGACGCAACUGGUCGAAAUGCAUCGGGAAUCGGUUCCGUUUUUACCACUUCACACGCUCCUGUUCAUAUUAAAAUUGAGGAAAAACUGUCAGCAUCAGUAUCGCGAGAUGGUGGCCUUGUGAGUGGAGAGGUACUGGGUAGUGCUUCACUUUUAAUAAACGGUCCACAGUUUGCUACUGUUUGUGUUCAAAUCAGUAACAAUGACAAACAUGGUGCGCAAUUACAGGUGCAUCCGAAUCUCGACAGAAAAGAAUGGCUGCAAAAAUCUUUGUUAAAAUUGAAAUCAGUGCAGAAGCCGUUUCCAGUAAAUAUGGAUGUUGGUGUACUUAAGUGGCGACUACUUCUGAAUAGCGAAGAAAUGCUCCCCAUUUCAAUCAAUUGCUGGCCAAAUGAAAAUCCUGAUGGCUGUGUAGUGAACAUCGAGUAUACGCUUCAGGCUGAAAAUAUGGCACUGAACAGCGUUGUUAUCAUCAUUCCUUUACCACCAGCAGCUGUUCCAGUAAUAUCGGAAUGUGAAGGUACUUAUGAAUAUGUAAAAUCAAGAUCGCAGCUUGUAUGGAGUUUACCUGUUAUUGAUGAAUCGAAUAAAACUGGUUCUUUGGAAUUUAGCACUCCAAAUGGCCAAGCUAAUCAUUUUUUUCCAGUAACUGUUCGGUUCAGUAGCACAGAUUUAUUUUGUAAUAUGGCUGUAAAAAGUUUUCGGUUAGUAGAAGAAACAUUUAUGGCGGAAAACUGUGUGGAAGUAGGUUUGGUAACACAUAUCAAUGGAUCUCAAGUCUUUUUAUGGUUGAUGGAGGCUCGCGAAGAAAAACUUUUCGCAGCAGUGAUGAAGGAAGAUAUGCUCAAGUUGGGAGCUUGGAUACAUCUCAGUAAAAUAGAUCUUGAAACAUCUCAAAUUGGCUCUGUUAUGCUAGUAGAUACACCACCGGUGAAGGCAUCGAUUUGGACUUAUACCUCAGGUAUCGAAAAGACAGUGUUAGUAGAAACGAGAGUAGUAUUUUCACCGAUAGAAUGGGCUAAGAAAAAUGAUUAUGAAUGGUUUGCGUAUAGCCUUGAGUUUGGCCGAGUUGGUAAUUUCGCUUUCAAUAAACUGUUGAAAUUGAACAGUUUUCAAGUGAGAAGGGAUGUUGUGUACAAAGCCGUUUUGAUCAGGAUACCAUCGAGUAAACUAGGCCGAUAUGUAAUAGAUACUUUUGGUUCAUUAUGGUCAAUUUUACCCCAAGUCCUUGUAUUAUGUGAUGAUCGGAAUGGUUUUGAUAAAAGACCAUGGUCAUUACCAUCAUCUGUCUAUCAAUCACCAGUUCGAUCCAUAUCCAGUAAUAAUGUAGAUGUAUUUACUUCUUGUGACACUUUGGAGAAUAACAAUCCAUCAAAUAAAUCCGCUGAGAGAAUUUUCGAAUCAUUGGUUUCUUCUAAUGAUUGUACAUCAGAGGCAGAAGAUCCAAGUUUGAACCAAGAUCUUUGUUCACAACCAGUUAUGUAUCUGGGCGUCGUCAUUCUUAGAGAGCCGCAAUAUAGUAUUAUUUGGAGUAAAAUGCAUGGUUUUGUUGCUGUAUGCGCUACGGCUGAUUUAGUGCUGAAGCCAUCAAAUUGGGUUGAGUACGAUUGUAUCAAAACUGAUACGGAACUAGAUGUAUCGUAUUUAGCGAUAUACUGUGUGCUAAGUAAACAGAAACCAUUAGUGGUGGAGACAUACGAAAAGUCUAUUAUUUGCCAUACUGUGAUACGUGUUCCAAAUGAAAGGAAAACUCAAACUGAUGUAGGAGGAACAUAUUUUACUAUGGUUUGUGACAUUUUAGGAGACGUAUUGGUGCCAGACAUUCCAGUUGUCCAUAGAUGCAUUAGGAAGAAUGAAUUAAAGGCCAAAGUACUUGUAAAAUAUGAUGUCAAUGAAAAAUGGCCAUGCACAUUGUUUGCUGCAUAUGAAAAUGAUGUGCUGAAAAUAAUCGAUUGGAAACAAGCAAAUAUGGAGUGUAAAAUUAUUCCAGAAAUGGACUGUUCUUUAGAUCUGAAGAUGAGUACUCAUCCACAGCAGAGAUUACCCAGUGCAGUUCAAACAGUAGCUCUGUUGUCAAUGCUGAAAAUGUCGAAAGAGCGACAGGAUGUGAAGAAAAGCCUGACGCUCUCUGGAUGCGGCGAAAAUUUUGAUUGGCUACAGUUGAAGAAAUACACUGUUGGUAUGAAGAUAUUGACUUUGCCAGUAACAAUACUGGUCAAAAUGACUUCCACGUAUGGUAUUUUAUGGCAUAUUAAUCGUAAACUAAUCAUUGUACCUGCGGAAUAUUUGGGUAAUUCGGCAAAACUGGGAGCCUGGAUGAAAGCGAAAGUAUCACCUUUGACUACAACAGUAGUGGAUUUGCCUUAUCAUUUCAUUGUGGUGCGCCCUUUAGAGGAGAUUGAGAGUAAACUAAUGAUACGGAAAGUGGGAGAUGUUUUGCAGGUGAGGGUACAUCUAGAACCAGGUGUAGAGAGUUAUGUUGAUAUUGACGGAAAAUUGUAUUUACGAAAGAACUCCGAGCUUGGUCUGGUAUCUAUACCGUCUGAAAGGCCAGUUUGUACUUAUGUAUCUUUUCUUAACUUUUUCAAAAUAUCACAAGAAUGGUUUAUGAAGAAGUUUCGAACAUGGGUUACUUUCAUGAAUUCAGGAUUAAACGGCGAGCCAACAUGGAUGGUUACUCGUUGCCAAAGAUUGACUGAGGUUGACGAAGAUGGAAAUGAGUUAUCAGAUCAGUCUGAUAUGGCUGUUGGGUCGAAAAAAUGA